CGCCGCGCUGCCAAGGCCAUUUGCAAAAACGAGUCAUGGCCUUGCAGUAUAAUAGACGACACAAGAAAGCAAAGUAGAUACAAGUAGAGCCAGGUCAAGCUGCUGAGCAAGGGAGGAGCAUUCGUCAAGAUGCCGGCCUGCAAUGGUGGUAACGAGGUACUGGCAGCUCAGAGCCAGAAAGCACCGCUUCCCGCAUCUGCGCUUGCUGCCGACCCUGCAAGCCCCGCCGACUCCGCACAAGAAGUCCAACGGUACACUCUCAAAGCACUCGACCUACUCACAAACUGGAUCGAAAAGGGAGAAAAGGACCGAGCAGUCCCGGCAUGCAAGUGGGAGAACAGCACGCAUCUACGGAACUCUAGAGAAAAGCACAGCAGCAGCAGCAGCAGCAGCAAUGGACAGAAUGUGGGUGGUGACGUACAGCUCUCCCAGGUGCCCAUGUCAGAGGAGGCCAUCUUUGCCUUCCUCGAGCAAACGCUGGAGGACAGCGUCAAUCCCUGGACACACCGCUUCCUAGACAAGCUCUACACUAUGCCCACCACCCUUUCUCCUGCCCUCGAGUUGAUGCUCGGAGCAAUGAACGCCUCGGGCGUAGUCAGCUCUGCCUCCCCCGCCCUCUGUCUCGCAGAGGAAAAGGCUGUUGAAGGGCUGGCGCGGCUGAUUGGGUGGGAUGUCGAUAAAGUCGACGGACUCACCAUGCCAGGUGGGUCCUCGUCUAAUGUCCUGGCUGUGCAGACUGCUUUGGGCAACGCGUUCCCCUCUUUCAAAAGGCAAGGCCUCUUUGGCGUGACUGAGCACUUGAUGUCCACUGGUCGAAGUCUCAAGGCCAGCAGGCCAAUCAUUCUCACUAGUGAGCAGUCACACUACUCGAUCGAGAAGGCGGCACUCGCAUGUGGCAUGGGUCUCGAGUCUGUGCAAAAGGUCAAGUGCGACGCAAAUGGCCGUAUCAACCUCGCACAUCUGGACGAGGUCUUGGCUGGGUUUGAGGAUAGUGAAGAGACAGAUUCCAGCAGGACUGGGUUCCCUUUCUACAUCAACCUCACGGCCGGCACCACGAUAUUGGGCGCUUUUGACGAUAUCCAGGGGGCGACCGAGGUGAUCCGCAAGUGGGAGGCGAGGAGAGAGAGCAAGAACAGCAGCAGCAACGGCAGCAGCAACGGCGAUCGGUCCAGCCCUCAACUCCCCACUCCUACUAAGAUUUGGAUCCACAUAGACGCCUCCUGGGGCGGACCUGUCCUCUUCUCCUCCUCCCUACGCAAACUAAUGGACGGUGUCUGCUCCGCCGACUCUCUUACAAUCAAUCCACACAAAGUCCUCAAUAUCACGCAACAAUGCUCCUUUGCCCUCUUCCGACGCGCUUCAGACUUGACCGUCAACGUUACGGGCGCAAAGUACCUCUUCCAUGGUGCCUCCACCUCCUCCACUUCAGAUGAAGAGAAGCGUGAAUUCCUCCGCCGCAAUCCAGGAGCGAAAACAAUGGGGUGUGGUCGACGUCCUGAUGCCUUCAAGUUCUACGUCGAGUGGCUGCGCGUCUCCACCUUGGGAUUCGCAGCGCACGUAGAGCGCGGUGUGGGGUAUGCGUACAGCCUUGUCCGGUUGGUGGAGGAGAGGUAUGCUGCGACACUAGAAGUGGCAGAGGCGACCCUUGCGGGUGUGCAGACGGGUGGACUCUUCUUGCAGGUCUGCUUUAGACCACGCUUGCCGAGGGGCAUUGCAGAGCUCUUCAAGCUCGUACUUCCCGACGAAGAUGCUGAGCCGAACGGCCGUGCAGGCGUCCCCUCGCGCUCCUACUCCCUCCUCUCACACAGUACCCACGCCCUGCACGCCAAAUUGCGUGCCCUCGGCCGUUUCACAGUGGACAAGGCCCCGCUUGCAUACCCUCACGCAGACGUCGGGUACUACAUUCGGCUGGUGGCGCACCCCACCACUAGUUUGGCAUUGUACGAGGAGCUGGUGGGUGAGGUGGACCGUUUAGGGAGGGAGUACUUCGAUGAGCUUAGCGGAAAAUUGAAAUUGCGGAUGGAUGGGACGAAUGGCGUGGCGGAGGGGAAGAGGCUGAAGAGUUAUCUCGAUGAGAUUGCUGUGGAGGAGUGAAGAUGGCGAAGAGAUGACAGGCAAUGACACUAGACGUGUUGAGAAAUUGAGACAACGCAUGUUGUAUUAGUGGUGCUAAUGAGACAGUGAAAGCGUAGCUGAAGCUGGAAGCAAUUACAAAAGAUUCUGAUUCCUCCCUUCUCUGC